CUGUAUCUGUAGCGCGUUUUAGUCAAAACAACCCAGUGACACUAAAACAAAAUGUUUCAGCGGUACAUUUAUUUUCUCCUGAAUUCAUACAGCAUGGAGUAACAUUGCGGAUAACUUGCUUUUCAAUAAAGUCUUUCGAAGACACUGCUUUGUAGCCUUUAACUUCUGUGUUUGGUAUAUCAGCAUCUCCUCCGGAGUCAGGAUGAGUGCAAGGCAGUGUAAGAACUGUGGUGGAGCGGAUAUAGAUAUAGACCAGGCGCGUGGGAGUGCUGUGUGUACCGCCUGUGGCUCUGUACUUGAGGACAACAUCAUCGUGUCCGAGGUGCAGUUUGUGGAGAACAGUGGAGGAGGAGCGUCUGCUAUUGGACAGUUUGUCUCGGCUGAUGGUCCAGUGAAGGCCCCAGUGCUUGGAACCGGCUUCCACACAAGUCUUGGGAAGGAGUCACGUGCUCAGACACUUCUGAAUGGGAAACGACAAAUACACAGCCUGGGCAGCCAGCUGCAGCUGAACCAGCACUGCUUAGACACAGCUUUCAACUUCUUCAAGAUGGUGGUGAGCAAACAUCUGACAAGAGGGCGCAAGAUGGCCCACGUCAUAGCUGCCUGCCUCUAUCUGGUGUGCCGGACAGAGGGCACCCCCCACAUGCUCCUGGACCUGAGCGAUCUUUUACAGGUGAAUGUGUAUAUCCUGGGAAAGACUUUCCUGCUUUUGGCCAGAGAACUCUGCAUCAAUGCACCUGCUGUCGAUCCAUGCCUGUAUAUUCCACGCUUUGCACACAUGUUGGAGUUUGGAGAGAAAACUCACGAAGUCUCCAUGACUGCACUGAGGCUGCUGCAGAGGAUGAAGAGGGACUGGAUGCACACAGGACGCAGACCAUCUGGACUCUGUGGCGCAGCUCUGUUGGUGGCAGCCCGCAUGCACGAAUUCCGCCGCACAGUGAAGGAGGUCAUUGGCGUGGUGAAAGUCUGCGAGGCGACUCUCAGAAAGAGGCUGACAGAAUUUGAGGACACACCGACCAGUCACUUGACUAUUGAUGAGUUCAUGCGAGUGGACCUGGAGGAGGAGUGCGAUCCCCCGUCUUUCACUGCUGGCCAGAAGAAGUUAAAGCUCCAAAAGCUGGAACAGGAGCUGUCCAAGAAGCUUGAUGAAUACCAAGGUGAGAUCAGCUCCUAUCGGGAUGAGAUUGAGACGGAACUGGAGAACAGCAGGCCUAAACUGAGAGGAAUUUAUGCCAUGUAUGCUAAAGAAGACACCAAUGGUAGUCUGUCUCUGGUGUCGGACCUCGAGGGAGAUGAAGAGGAAACGCAAGAUGAGGAGAUGGAGGCUGCAGCUCAGCACCUUACUGAGGACUUCAUCAAGCAGGUGUUACCUAAUCUGGAGCAGGGACCUCAGGGGGGCACAGAGGCACAGGAGCAGGGUAAAAUGGCAGCAGAGCUGCCCAGCGGCUCCACCCAUGUGCCACUGACUUCACUGCUUGGCCCGCUUCCCAGCGCUGCCAGCCUUGGCCUCACAGACUCCAUCCGCCAUUGCCUGACUGAAGAAGGGGAAGAUGAGGACAAGUCAGAUAACGGUGAGCUUGAUCUGGAAGGCAUCGACGAGGACGAGAUCGAAAAGUACAUUCUCAGUGAAAAGGAGGUCCAGGCUAAGACAGAGCUGUGGAUGAAGCAAAAUGAGGAGUAUCUAAGGGAGCAGAAAGAAAAAGAAGAGAGGAUAGCUAAGGAGAAAGAACAAGGGAUCUAUAAGGAGAAGCCCAAAAAACCAUCCAAAAGGCGAGAGCCCAUUCGGGCCAGCACUGCAGGAGAGGCAAUCGAGAAGAUGCUGGAACAGAAGAAGAUUUCGAGCAAAAUCAAUUACGAUGUACUACGAGACCUGAACAGCAAAGGCAGCAGCAGCCCAGCAGAUAAGACAGAGGAAGUGUCUGGUGUUGUCCCCGGACGUAAGAAGCUCACCCGCCGCAAGAAACAGCCCAACAAGAGCAAUCUGGGUCUGGCCAAGCCUGCAAGCCUCAUGGGGAAAAGGCUCCGUCCCCUUAUAUCAUCAAAUCACAAGAAGAAAAGACCAGCUAUACAGAUCAUGCCAAAUGUGAUGCUGCCCUCGGUGACCCCUGAGAUUCCCCCUGACCCUACUCCUCCUCCGGUCAUAGAGAGUGGCCCUGUGACGUAUGAGGAGCCCACUGAGGAAGAGGAGGAUGAAGAGGUGGAGGAGCCCUGUGUCAGUGCGCUGAAGCUGAUGGGAGGGAAUGAAUAUGGCUGUGAAGUCGAAGAGGAGGAAGUUUUUUAGUGCACAGUGUUUGUCGUCCCACCAGCAAGGCAGGAUUUCAUCAGCCUCAGAGACAUCUUCUCUCUCCAUAUAUAGACAGGAGAGAGAGAGAAAAACAAGGCCCUGGUCAUGUGUGUCAUGUGCGCUAGUGUCACUACCAUGAAGGAACAGUCAUGCGUCAUUGGACUUGUUUAAACUCCUGCAGCAUCUGAGACAAUAGAGAGACAUCUGAUGUGUGUGUGUGUGUGACAUGUGGAAAACACAUGACUGAAGACCAGAAGUGUAGAUUUUGUGUACUUGUACUAUUAGACACAUGCUAAUCCAGCAGAUGCGCGUUAUUAUAAUUACUCAACUGCUUACCAAACCCUACACAUGCUAAUAGGAAGCAUAAUAAUAAGCUAUUGAGUGUUUGUUAUGUCAGAUUUAUGAUGCAGCUUUAGAAACAGUCGAUGUAGCUUUCGUAUAGAAAUGAAGCCCACUCAGGUGAUGUUUUUACCAUUGAGGAUGGAUUUUAUUGCCAUCCUCAUUUUAUUGGCAAUUCUGAAUAAUUGUUUAUGUUGUUUCUAGUUUGACAGCAAUGUCUGAAGGUGCUCUGUUAAUAGAUGUCAUAUUUUUAAGUAAAAGAAAAUGUUAUUGGAUGUUUUUCUGUGUCGUUUUAGUCUGGUUAGAGUUUUAGCUUUGUUAAACUCUAUAAUACUGUCUCUCGUGUUAGUAUUUGAAUGCAUAAAUGUGUGUAAAUGUGUAUAAAUGUACAUAAUGUUUAUUGAAGUAAUGGCACUUGCUUUUGUUUCCAUGAAAAUGCAAUAUUUUCCAUUUCAAUGUUUAAUUACAUACAUCGCAGCAAUGUAUUAUUCAUCGCUCAGUGUGUUUGUUAUUUUUGAUGUUUUCCCUGUGAGUUAAGGUGAAACCCUUUAUAUCACUUAAAUUUCAGAAGACCAACCUCACGGUGCUCAAUGAUGUACAGGAGGUAGACUGUGAACGUUCCUAGGUGUAAUUAAAUUCACAAUUUCCAAGUCUA